CCCGCAUCAUGGCGCUCCUCCUCCGCACACUCUGGAGCUUGCCCUUCCGAGCGGCGCCUCGGCGGGCUGUGCGAGGCCGGCCGGUGAGCGGUGUCCUCGGCGCUGGGGCUGGACGCAGGGACGCAGGGUCUCUCACAAAGAAUGAGCCAUCUCUUGCCAAGAGUGAGUGGCGAAAGAAGCUGACCCCGGAGCAGUUCCAUGUCACCAGAGAAAAGGGAACUGAACCGCCUUUCAGCGGGAUCUACUUGAACAACAAGGAGCCAGGAAUGUAUCACUGUGUGUGCUGCGACAGCCCACUCUUCAGUUCCAAGAAAAAGUACUCCUCCGGCACCGGAUGGCCUUCAUUUUCUGAGGCCCACGGGACGUCUGGCUCUGAUGAAAGUAACACAGGAAUCCUGCGGCGUGUGGACACCUCAAUGGGAUCGGUGCGCACAGAGAUUGUCUGCAAGCAGUGUGAAGCUCACCUUGGCCAUGUGUUUCCUGACGGGCCUGGGCCUGCUGGCCAGAGGUUUUGCAUCAACAGUGUGGCACUGAAGUUCAAACCAGGGAAACCCUGACUCUCCAAGAGUCCCUUCCCCUGCCACUCCUCAUUUAUACCCUCAGUUUUAAAAAUUCCCGUGACUUGUUUUACUUAAUACCAAACGGGGCUGAGUUUGCUGCUGGCACCAAGCAAAGUCACGGCUUCUCUAAUUUAUUGAUCUGGAAUGAACUCAACCCUGACUCCUGCUCUGACUGUGGAAUUUCUCAGAAUGACAGAGUGGCAGCCAUUUCUAGUCAACUGACUUCCGUGGGCUCUGCCUGGGGCCUGAGGGCACAAGUCUUUGGGGACCUUAGGAGGCUGAUGGAUUAUAAGGCAGAAAAUUCCCACAAAACCCUGAACUUCCCAUUUCAGUAAAGUUCUUCAUGGAUGCAUAUACAUGAGGGAUUAAGUGAAAAGAGGAAGGAAAAUAUGGGGUUAAUCAACGAUCCAGCAUCAAAAGAAGCACCGAGGGGUAGGGCUGCAGGAGAGCUGUGUUUUGGGAGGUACGUGUGGUGAUGGAAAAGCCACCUGAUUCUUUUUCAAAAUUUUGGAAUAUCGAACAUUCUGGUUCCAACGUUUCAACCCUCAAAUAAGUUCCAACG